UUUCCGGAAGUACAGGGUACUGUAAACGCGCAAUAAAUACCAAGCCUAACGAGUUGUCUGGUGCUCGUGAGACGAGUAGGAGGCCAAGAUGUCGGAGCGGAAAGUUUUAAACAAAUACUACCCGCCGGACUUCGACCCGUCCAAGAUCCCCAAACUCAAGCUCCCCAAAGACCGGCAGUACGUGGUGCGGUUGAUGGCCCCCUUCAACAUGAGGUGUAAGACGUGCGGCGAGUACAUCUACAAGGGCAAGAAGUUCAACGCGCGCAAGGAGACGGUGCAGAACGAGGUGUACCUGGGCCUGCCCAUCUUCCGCUUCUACAUCAAGUGCACGCGCUGCCUGGCGGAGAUCACCUUCAAGACAGACCCGGAGAACACGGACUACACCAUGGAGCAUGGGGCCACGCGGAACUUCCAGGCCGAGAAGCUCCUGGAGGAGGAGGAGAAGCGAGUGCAGAAGGAGCGGGAGGACGAGGAGCUGAACAACCCUAUGAAGGUGCUCGAGAACCGGACCAAGGACUCCAAGCUGGAGAUGGAGGUGCUGGAGAACCUGCAGGAGCUCAAGGACCUGAACCAGCGGCAGGGCCCCUUCCUGCGGCAGCACCGCCUGUCCGAGGAGGAGCGCCGGCGGCAGGAGCAGGAGGACGACGAGCGUGAGGCCGCGGCCUUGCUGGAGGAAGCCAGGAAGCGGAGGCUGCUGGAGGACUCGGACUCUGAGGACGAGGCCGCUCCGGCCCCACCCCGCCCAGCCCCCAGGCCCAACCCCACUGCCAUCCUGAACGAGGCCCCGACGGCCAAGAGGAAGGCGGAGAGCUGGGAGCGCAGCGUGAGCAGCCUGGGCAGCCGGCCGCAGCUGUCGGGGCUGGUCGUGCGCAAGAAGGCCAAGACCCACCCUGGCGGCACCCCUCAGGGCCAGGCCCACCCCGCACCAGGUGCCCCGCAGAGCAGGCAGGCUGCCGACCCCGCACCCCGGCCACCUGGCGCCUCCUCCCUGAGCCAGCUGGGGGCCUACGCGGACAGUGACGACAGCAGCAGCAGUACCUGAGCCCGCUGGGCCCUGCCAGGCGUCACCCUCCAGCUGCUGCAGGGGGCUUCACCCAGGGACGGCUCUCCCGUCCCACCCCUGCCUCCAGCUCCGUCUGCCCCUCCGGCCCUGUCGCGGCCAGGGCGUCCCGGAGCCCCUCGGCUGCCACGGGACAGCUGGUCCUCUUGAGACACUGCCCACCCGGUGAGCUGUGUUCCCACGCAGGGGACUGGUAACAGCACGAGAGUCCUGCGACAGGCCGGGCGCCGCUGCUGGGUCCCGAGCAUGAGCUGUCUCUCCGUCUCUGCCUCUUGCUCACAGAGGAAGUAAAUCACCAUUUUUAAUUGUUA